AUGGCCCAACUGAAGUAUACACCACCCAGGCAAUCAUCACCAGCUAUCCACGUUCCACAACAGCUUCAGGACUGUGAGUUCAUUUUUGUCCAAAUGACGCGAGUCAAACCAGCCUUUCUGGAAAAAUCCCCACGGGAGACAGAACCCGUCUCAACACACCCAGAACCCUCACCUGCCUCAACAACCACGCAAUCGCAACCGUCAAAACCGAGGUCGGAGCCAAUCCCAGAAUCACCCAUCACUCCACCUAAGCAGACCCGUCUUGGAAGGAAAGUCACCUUCCCUAAGAACGUCACCGCUUUCUCUUGUAUGAACCGUCAUACCUAUAUCCCGGAGACUUCGCGGCAGUUUUUAACCGGCCUGGGGGAACAGGAAGCCUCCCUAUUCGCGACUUUGACGCUCCCAGUCAAGUCGACCAAGCCCAGCAGCUUUUCAGGGCUAACUUCCGAAUGUCAUUCGAUCACCACUCUUCGAGGCUCAACACAGCUCACUCCUGCACCUCCCAGCGUUCCUGCAGCUUCCAGCACUCCUGCAGCUUCCAGCAGUCUCCAGCUCACCCCUGCGGCGCUCUACUGA